GCGCAAAAUGUAAUUUAAUUGAAGUUUUUAUCAAAUUCAAAAAGCUUCACUUGACAAGCUCCACCCCAACUGACAGACCAAAUCCGUAGCUGGCCGGCGAUCCGUCAUCUCUCUCGCCUCUCACUCACGCUCCUCCAUUUUUAGGUUCGAACUUAAGUUCAAAUUUAGAGCAAGGGAAGACCAAGAAGAUGAGUGAAAUUGGUGCGGGAUCUGAUCCUCCUUCUCCUUCGUUCUCAGUGGCAUCAUCUGACCCAUCUAAAAGCAGUGGCAGCACUGGCUUUGAUGCUAAUCGGAUUGCAGAAGUGAAAGCAUGGCUCGUUUCUCAAUUCGACGCAGUUGGAAAAGACGUACCUGAUUUUGAGUACACUCCUCGGAGCAUUGCUCACUUGCACAACAUUGCUACCCUCUCUCAGGCCAAGACUCAGGCUGCCACCAUUGUUGCAAAUGAUUUUCGUCAGAAAGCUGCAGAAUAUCGUUCACAAGCUGCUAGGAUACGAGAGAUACUAGAACAUGUUGGAUUGGUGCAAGAGAGUUUACCGUCAAAUGUGGUAUCAUCUUCCCAAGUUCUUGCCAGUGUCGCUAAUCUGUUGAAUAUUAGGGAUACUGAAUUAAGUAGUUUUCUUGUAGCAAUGGCAGAUCAAUCUCUGAGAAAAACAGCAGUUGAAGAGAAGAGGGCUAAAGUCCAACAGGAGUCCAAAGAACUUCUUGACUAUACUCGGAAGGCAAUUGCACGAUUGACAUACUUGAAAAGAACGCUCACACAACUAGAAGAUGAUAUACCUCCUUGUGAAGCUCAAAUGGAACACUGGAAGACAAACUUGGCUAUAAUGGAAUCAAAAGAGAGACAGUAUCUGCAGCAGUAUUCUAAUUACAAGGCAAUGCUCAAUCGUGUGGGCUAUAGCCCAGAUAUUAGUCAUGGCGUGUUGGUGGAAAUGGCUGAGCACAGGAAGGAUUUGGAGAAGAAAACAAAGCCAAUCCUUGAGACAUUGAGAAGUUACCAAGACUUGCCUCCUGACAAGGCUCUGGCUGCAUUGGCAAUUGAGGAUAAGAAGAGGCAGUAUGCUGCUGCUGAGAAGUAUCUUGAAGAUGUGUUGCAGUCUGCUCUCGCUUCUUCUGAGUGAUGACUGAUAAGGCUGAGUUUGUUCUGGGCCGAAUUAUCUCUUUUGGGCGUUCUUUGUAGAAUUGUUUGUGUACUUUUAUGAUCCUUUUGUGAUUUCUUGAUGGUUUAAAGUAUAUUGUUCAAAAUAUAUGAACAAUUUAGUAUUUUGUGUAUAGGUAGGAGUCUGGAAUCUGGAUAGCAUCCAUAAAUUCAAUAUAAUAUUUGUAACACAAACAUUUCUUGCUAAUAUCCAAGUUUGACUUGUUAUUCAA